AAGGUGUCCUUGGAUAGCCUUUGAAGUCUAUUUUCAUUAUUGAGUGGUCUCUGUUCGAGAGGAUAGGGGAAUCACACAAAAGUCGAGCGGAAGUGAGAAGGGGUCUGUAAACUCGAGCUCUGAGGGUGCUGAAGCUGUUUGGUGGAUAUCUCGAGUUAUACCAAUCCAAUCAGGGCGUAUGAGAUACCAAAAGAAAGCUAUCAAGACGAGGAAUCCGUGAAGGUCUGGUUUGCAUCAAUCGGAGUAGUGGAAGGCUUCCAAAUCGUCCGAGCAAAACGAAACCUCGCAGAAACGGAUCUACUCCUCUAAAGAAUCGAGUUAGCCGGAAAACACCCGUUCUAGGGGGCUGUUUUCGUGUCAACGGUUAGGGGUUGAAAUAGCAACUUGAGGAGGCUGUUUAACACCCAUUUUCAAGCAAGGAACCAGUUCUCAAUCUUCCUUGGCCGAGGCUUUGGUCAUUGGAUCGAGAAGGAAGGUUUUAAAGCUCAUUUGAGGUUGAGGCUAGAGCUUGCUUCCUGUGCUCGUUGCUCGAGAGAUCAUAUAGGAGGGAAGACUUGGGAGAACUCGGAAGGGUUUGCACCGGGUGGAACCGGGCAUGCCAACCGAGAAAAGCCCGUAGGAAUAAAGGUUCACGAAAUUCUAGAAGCUCAAAUCGUGAGUGGCGGUCAUGUUAGAACCAAUGAAGAAUCACCUUGUCAUAGCAAAAUUGAAACACUCAAGGCUUCGGGUGACGAGGGAGAUGAUUUGAGUGAUGAGAACCUUGAUGGUGCACCCAUUGAACAAAUGGGCAUGGUCAUAGAUUGGCUUCAACGUGAACGUGUGAGGCUUAUACAAAAACGCCAAGCUAGGCAAGCUGAGGGCAUACCGUUAGUAAGGAAAAGGAGGUGGGGAGACAACGAUUCCCAAAGACAUUCAAGAAGGACAAACGUUGAGGGUGACAAAACCUUCAGGGCGCAGACACUAUCACUUGAGUGGAGUCGGGGCUCGGGUGGCCAGAACUCGAGGUCAAAGGGUCCGAGGGUACCUAGGUGCAACAAUUGCAAGAAACACCACUCGGGUAAGUGUCACGACCCUCCUAAGUGCUAUCAUUGCACAGAGGUCGGGCACACGAGAGUGAGCUGCCCACAAAUUGUGCAAAACCAAACUUCGGGGUCAAGUGGUGGAACUACAAGAAAUGAAAACCAAACCGAGGUUUCUCAAGGGAGCAGGGGACAUGGGGGAGCAAGCACGAGCAAUGCCCCAUCCGUGAACCAAGGAAGGACCCAAGCUAGGGUCUAUGCGAUGACAGAGG